AUGGCUUCGAAUAAGGUCGUUCAUCCAGCGAUCGAUGGCAUUCAAAUCCCAAUGACCAUUGGAGGGUUUCAAAUAUGGGUGUUGUUUGGUUAUGGAGAUGAUUUUACGUUCAAUGGCGCUGAGAGAGCGAAUGUGGCCUCGACGCAGAAGCAGGCAGCAGAGCGACUUGGAACGGAUGCAUCGGGACGAAAAACAGACCGUGAUAACAACUUCCUCAUUUGA